GCAGGCGUUGCUCGCACCCUGUUGAUUAGUCAGUGCUGGGAUGGCGUUUCCUGGGCCAGGCGCGGCGGCGGGCGGCCCCAGCAGGUCCCGGGGGGCGGCGGGAGCAGCAGCAGCCGCAGCCGCCGCCGCAGCAGCAGCCGCCGCAGCCGCCGCCGCCGCCCGGCGGGCCUCCCCUUCUGCUUAGCCCGGCAUGUCCCGCGGCGGCCGGCGCUGAGCGAGGCGGGUUCCCUCCGUCCCUCUCCCCGCUGGCUGCAGCCCCGCCGGGUGGGAGCACCCCGCCGGCGCUGCCUGUCUGGGUCCCCUGCCCUCUUCUCCCUCCCCUCCCCGGGCCGGGAAGAUGGACCCCGGCCCGCCGCUGGGCUGCAGCCUCAAGGACGUGAAGUGGAGCGCGGUGGCCGUCCCCCUGGACCUGCUCGUCAGCACCUACCGGCUCCCCCAGAUCGCCCGGCUGGACAGCGGAGAAACUGUAGAAGGCCUUCGAGAGAGCGAUUAUCUUCUGAUUCAUUCAUGUCGGCAGUGGACAACAAUUACAGCUCACAGUCUGGAGGAGGGUCACUACGUCAUAGGGCCAAAGAUAGAAAUCCCUGUACAUUAUGCAGGGCAGUUUAAGCUGCUGGAACAAGACCGAGAUAUUAAGGAGCCAGUGCAGUAUUUUAACAGUGUGGAGGAGGUGGCUAAAGCAUUUCCUGAACGAGUUUACGUCAUGGAGGAAAUAACAUUCAACGUUAAGGUGGCUUCAGGUGAAUGCAAUGAAGAUACUGAAGUUUACAACAUUACCCUUAGUACUGGGGAUGAACUCACUUUAAUGGGGCAAGCAGAAAUCCUUUAUGCAAAAUCUUCUAAGGAGAAGUCACGACUCAACACCAUCUUCAAAAAAAUCGGGAAACUUAAUUCAAUUAGUAAGCUAGGAAGAGGGAAAAUGCCCUGCCUCAUCUGCAUGAACCACAGGACCAACGAAAGCAUCAGUCUCCCCUUCCAGUGUAAGGGCAAGUUUAGCACCCGCAGCCCACUGGAGGUGCAGAUGCAAGAAGGCGAGCACACGAUUCGCAAUAUAGUAGAAAAAACCAGGCUGCCCGUUAACGUGACUGUGCCGAGUCCUACGCCGAGAAACCCUUACGACCUGCAUUUUAUCCGUGAAGGGCACAGGUACAAGUUUGUCAACAUUCAAACCAAAACAGUGGUGGUUUGUUGCGUGCUUCGUGGCAACAAAAUUAUUCCCAUGCAUUUUCCCUUGCACUUGGCGCUUCCGAAAUUUACUCUACCUGACAGUCUGUUGAAGGGAGAGCUGUGGCACGAAUCCCUCAUCCAGCACUGGUUUAAUAUAUGCCAGGAACAGUUUGACAUAGAUGAGUAUUCCCGUGCCGUGCGAGAUGUGAAAACUGACUGGAACGAAGACUGCAAGAGCCCAAAGAAGAGUCGAUGCACGGGGCACAGCCAUGUGCCGAACUCCCUCAGCUACGCACGGGACGAGCUGACACAGUCCUUCCACCGGCUUUCGGUGUGCGUCUAUGGAAACAACUUGCAUGGGAAUAGUGAAGUGAACCUCCACGGCUGCAGGGACUUGUGUAACGAGUGGGCUCUGUUUUCUCACGAUGCUCUUCAGUAUCAGGAGUCUGGUGACAGUAGCAGUGAUUACCUUUUUCCUGAAGUUAGCGAAGAAUCAAUGUUUCUGCCUACAAAACCAGAACUUCCUUACGAAGAGCUGUGGUUGGACCAAGGGUCUGGAAAGGCUGGUGACCAGCCGCUCGCUCGCUCGCUAAGUGAGAAGAACAAAUGUGACAACUACAGAGGGUCUUUCCGAUCGAAGUGUGGUACCACAUCUCUUCCUGUGCCUGCAACUGUCGGAGCAACCACAAAGUCUUCAGAUGUUUCCCUACCUCCGCCUCCAGUGCCUCCAAAAUCAGAAGCAGUAAAAGAGGAAUGCAGGCUCCUGAAUGCUCCCCCUGUCCCACCACGGAGUUCAAAGCCGUCUUCCACCAGUCCUUCCAUCCCUCCUCGCACAGUCAAACCUGCACGACAGCAGACGCGCUCUCCUAGCCCUACUCUGUCCUACUAUUCUUCGGGACUGCACAACAUCAAUGUCACAGAUAGCGACAACACCAACCCAGCUGAGAGCACACCUGUUUCCUGCUAUCCUUGUAACAUGAUGAAAACUGAAUCCAAAGAGCCUGAGAGCACGAUGCCUUUGGGAAACCCCUCAACUGAAGCUCUGCCUUCGAGGUUAUCUUGGCCAAACCAUUUUUCAGGAACUGCUGAAGGCCUGAAUAGGAGUGAUUUCCUGCUCGAUCCAAGCAGGAGCUACAGUUACCCCAGACAGAAGACUCCAGGUACGCCAAAGAGAAACUGUCCAGCACCUUUGACUUUUGACUUCGAUGGGUGUGAACUCCCGGCAGGGUACUCCCCCCUGACCCCAGCAGAGUUCACGAACACCAUCUCUAGCUGUCCAAAGUCGGCAAGUUACUCUCUAGACUGCACUGAUGAGAAAACUCUGGGAGUCAGCAACACAAAGCAGAGCCAUUCAUGUCCUGCCUUACCUCCUCGGGCACCGAAGUCAAGUGAAGAGAAGACGGUUACAGACAUGUGUCCCUUGCCACUGAAAAUAGAUGGUGCCGAGGAGGAGUCGAAAACUGGUUCUCCAGACCUCUUGGAAGAUCAGUAUCUUGUUAAAAAGGGCAUGCAGGACACGUUCUCUGUGUCUUAUCCCUUCUCGUCUCCCCUCCACCUCCAGUUAGCACCAAGAUCUUGUGGGGACGGCUCUCCCUGGCAGCCACCCACAGACCUGUCUGGACUCUCGAUAGAGGAAGUGUCUAAAUCGCUGAGGUUUAUUGGUCUGUCGGAAGAUGUCAUAUCGUUUUUUGUUACAGAGAAGAUUGAUGGCAAUUUACUGGUUCAGCUUACUGAAGAAAUCCUGUCAGAAGACUUUAAGCUAAGCAAAUUGCAGGUUAAGAAAAUACUACAGUUCAUUAAUGGCUGGCGGCCCAAGAUGUGAUGCCGACUAGUUAUUAGUGAAACUGUACGAGAUGUGCUCGAUGCACUACAGCUAAUGCAUCACUUCCUGUUUUUUGCACUAAAAGUCCUUCCUGUAAAUAGUAGUAGAAAAAUUCUUACUAUGCAGAUAAACAUUUUUGAGUGGUGAACGGAUUUUUUUUUUUUUUGUAUGUCAAUAAUAAAGGUAGAGAAUCUGCAGUGGUGUGCCUUGUGCAUCCCUGAACAUUCAACAGCUGCUAAAAACUGGACACUAAGGGAACUUUUAAUCCGUAGUCUGUUAAGACUUAGUCGUAUUUAUUACUGAACAAUUUGAUGCUGAAAGACACACACUGAUCCAGUUUACAGUUUUGUGUUAACUGCAAAAAAAUGUAUUUCUUACAGGAUUAUUUCUGUUCAAAUAAUCUUUGGCAACAUGCUGUGACUUUCUUCCCUUUCUGUUAACAAAAAGCAUGUUCAGAUAUACAAAAACAUCGUUUUGACACUACAUCUGAAAAUGUUAAUAAUUGCUGUGAAGUGCCACUAAUACACUAUUCUUGCAGCAUAUUUUUAUUAACGGUAUCUUCUUGACUACCUGUAACGUGGAUACAUUUUCCAUGUUACUUUGAGCAAAAAGAGUUAAAUGUUUUUAAAACGAGAGUCUCGCUUCGCUCAUUGCCCAGAGGGGAGGGAGAAGGGGGUUUUUCCUACUGAGCCACUCUGCCCUGGCCAAUUAAAAGUUUAUGACCUGUAGAUUUCCAAAGUUGCUUUUGUAGUUGGAUGGCUGGAGUAAGUAGCAUGAUUUCUGGUCGUGUAGCUUUCUCAUGGGAAAGACAGUUCAGAGCACAGAUUCUCUUGGCAGAUCCUGCGUGCCACAGUAGCCUGCUAGCACAGCCCUUGCAAUAGCCUUGCUCUGGCGAAAGGCAACCCCUUAUGUUUCCUCUGCAGCCAUUACGAUCAUCUGAAAAUGCACUCAAUGUGCUACCCUAUUCCUGCGGUCGGAUCUGUGUGGGAAGGUGAUAGUACUCGUGUAGGAUGCCUUUGAAAUAAAGCAUUAGCGAGGUGGGAACAGAAACAGCACAUGGCGCGCUGGCAAGACAGGGUCAAGUGAGGGUUUGGGCCACGCCUUGGGAAAUGCUUGUGAUGUUUAAGUUCACCUGUCUUGUUUGCAGUGGGCUAGGAUGAGGUGGGUGUCAAAGUGGGAGGGACUGUAGCAUCAUAAGAUGUGCUAAUUCAGUUGCCCAGCUGCAAAAACUCACUGCAAUAGAUGUCACAUGGAAGUAGGAGUCAAAAGGGAGCUCAGAGAUGGGAAGGGGACAUUAGGCUGCCUCUGGUGACCUUUCACAUUUAACUGCUCAGGCAGCUAGAAAUAGGAUUAACUUCUGACAGUCCAUUGCUGAUUUUCUGUGCUUGGCAGAGCUCUCCAAAAUGUGUCUAAAUAACCCCAAGAUCCUCUGCUUUUGAGGUACUGAGUGCAAGGAUUUGUGGAGGUCCUCAGGAAACAGUCUGUGGUGUCCAUCCUCAGCAUCUGUGCGUGCCCAGGAUCCUCAGGUGGUCAGAGCCAGGGAUGCUGGAGCAGCUUCACCUUCACCUGCUGCUCAGCAGAGCCCUGGCCGGGGUGACACCAUCAACUGCCUUUCUUACCUUUUCAAAGUACAAAAAAAAAAAAAAAAAUCUCUAUUUCCAUUUCCCACGUAGUGGGAGCAUCAACAGGAAAUACGGAGGAGGGGCAAAAAUGAGAGGCUGCUUUUGCCUGUUUUCUCAACCAUAUUGACUCAUUAAAAAGAAUUUAUUUGCAAAUGGAAUUUUCUGUUGCCUGGGCAAAUUUCAUGUCAUGUCUCCUUGACAAAACCAAGAUGCAUCAUUUGUCUUGCAGUAAUGCAAACCACCAGUUCCCAACCAGAGAGCAGAGCUCAAUUGAUGUGGGUACUAGAAAGCAGUGAGCCAAAAAAUAUCCCAAUAGAAAAACCCCAAGAGCUCAUAAUCCUACUCUUUUUCUUAAUGUAUUGACUUUUAGCAACAGAUCAAUAGCUUUCUCCGGAUGCAUUUUAAUUAGCAUCCUAAAAUAUUUUAGCUGCAAGUAAGACUAAAUCAAAUUCAAGUACUGUUCAGAUGUGUAUACUUGUUGGUAGACAUGUGCAAGUUGAAGUCAAUUGCAUUUUAACUCUCGCGAUGUCAAAUGAGUGUUCAAACUUGAAAGGGCCAAAUUUUAAAUGUCAGGUGCUUCUCUUUGUUUUGCUUGGGUUGUUAAUUCCAGGUAAAAAAAGUAAAAUAUCUCUCUCUCUCAAAAAAAAAAAAAAAAAGAGAUGACAAUCUUGAUAAUAUUAACAUUAAAUGUUUUGAAUGCCCCCAGGGCGUUAACAUCCCUGAGAAAAUAGUGUUGUUUGACUACACAUGGAUACCUGUUCUGUUAUCUCUGCUCACCUGCUUGGAACGGUUUUUCUUGCAAGCAGCCUGGUGGAAUUUGCAUUCAUGAGUGUGCUGCAUUAACAUCACGUAUGCAUAAACCAAAAUACAACUGGCCUGUCGAAAGGCCCAGAAAUAUGCAAUGAUUUCAGAAGCAGCUGCUGUGUGCAGAAGUACUGCUAAAACCUCUAACUGCAAACUUGCUAUUGAUGUCCUUCCAGUUGUCUUGUUCUGGCUUCACACUGCUUACUUAUUUUUAUGCAUAAUGCGUUAGCAUUUGACCUUUUCUUUUGCCCUUAGCAGCUCAUCACCUUUAUCGUCCAAGCCUUUUUUAGUGAUUUAGGUGCUCCUAACUGUUGUGUUGUGUGAAUUAUAUGACUGCGGCGUUGAGCCACCUGCUGUGAUGCCCAAGCUGGACUGAAGCAUCUGCUCUGGUGAAAUGAGGAGAGUGAUGAGCAAACCGGUCAGCUGGAGUGGGGUGGCUUGGCCUCUCCACCCCUGUGUAGGUAGCCAGGCUAUGGCAGCACUGAUGCUCAUGGGGUCUAAUUUAUUUGCUUUCCUCUUGAGCUUUGCUGCUGUGAUGUUAGGGGGUCUGGACCAUCUUUGGUGGUGUAGAAGGCAAUCUGAACCGGGCAGAUUGAUGUGAACAUGUCUGUCUCACGGGAAGUCCCUGGCAAUAAAGGGAUGGUGGCACCUUUGAAACGGGGCAGGAGCGGAGGAGUCCUUCAAGCCUUAGCAGAGAACCAUGUAGUCUCUAGAAAGAUGGGGUGUAAGACCUGGAGACUUCAACCUGUAAAAGGUUACUAAAUGCUGUACUGCUGAUUGUACUUGGAGAUGGAGGGUUACUUUAGUGAUCCCACUGUGAUUAGGAAGUGUCUGAAGGGUCUGGGCAAUAUCCUGCUGAUAUGAACUUUUUGCUAGCUGACAUGAAUAGGAGGAGAUGGCACUCAGUGUUCAAUAGGACUUGCAAACCAACCUAGCAAACUGAGUAGCACCGGGCAUGGGCACUCUCUCAUGGGAGUCCCUUGUUGCUGCUGAACUGUUGAUAUGGGGUCUUGCCUGGUUUGGUGCAACCUAACCAGCCUGUGCCAUGGGUGAUCCCAGACAACUCCCAAGCACAGCUCAGAGGUUAGCAAUGGGGGAAACCAACCUGGUUUUGGAGAGUAAUGGAGUUGAGCCGUGUUGAUGCGAGCUGUGUUGGUUGUCCUCAGGGCCUGAGAGCAGGCUCUGCCCAUUUUGUCUUCUACAGAGAUGUCACCAUUGAGUUCAGACAACGUGUCAUGCCAGAAGGACCUAAAAUAUUUUCCUUUUUGGAGGCACUCUGCUAAAAUAGGCCAACCCUAACCUUGGACUUCUUUCUUCUGGUGCUUAUUUAGUUAUCGGUGUCUGAAGUUGUGUGUUAUCCUCGGGGGUUUUGUUUGUCUGGGUGUUUUGGUAGCAAAAAAUCUGGGAUGUCAGUCUGUACAGACCUGUCUCUCUGUCCUGCACCAAUAAAUACAUCCUUUCUAUGCAACAGUCGCAUGGUGGCACCAGGACUGGUGCUGCCUUCAUCCCCUGGAUUCUGGCACCGGGGUUUUUCUGGAUGUGGAAACAGAAUUGGCUAGGGGAGAGAUGGGGAGGAAAAUUGAGGGGAAAUGCUGGUUUCCUUUAAAUGCUUCUUGUGCCUAGGAUUAAGAAUUUUUGUAUUGCUGCCUGGCUGGCUAACCAAAGUUGUAUUGAAAUCAACUCAAAGCGCAUAUUUUCGUUCUUAUUCUUGCCAUAUUGCCUAUGGCUAGAAACAGAGACGGAAGACAUUUGGUCCAUCCAGAAUUAGAAGGAAAAUGUAUUUUGAAGUGUUCUUUGCAGCUAGAAGCAAGGGUUUGAAGUAACUGUGUAUUACACAGGGUUUUUUCCAAUACAACAGUUUUAUUUGCCACUUUAAUUGACUUUAUUCCACCACAACAGCUUCAAGAGAAACAGCGUAAAUAGCAAUGCAGUCAACCCACCGUGUUUCAAAUCGGUCUAAAAAUACUUGAAGUGUUUUCUCCUAUGUUUUCUUCUUGAAUCAACUCCUUGAUUGUCUCCCCAUUAAAUAAAGCAUGCCAGCACUAGCUACUUGCCUGCUGCCCAGUGGGAUGCCUGCCUGCGGUGCAGGUCAGCAAAGUCCUGCAUGUGGGCCAGGCAGGGGGUACGCCAUGCCACCUAAAAGCUGAACACCAACCCUAUGUGAAAGGACACGGGCUUAGCCCAGCUCUCCUGGCUUCUCUUUUUGAUGCUCUGAAAUUGCAGCAUUCCUGUGUGCAUGCUAGAAAGAUACGAAUGAAAUCUUAAUCGAAGUGAGGGAUCGUCCUUUUUAUUUGCGGUAUUAAGGACUGCAGGGCAGUAGGGAAACGCAGCCCCUUGUUGAGACCUAGCAAUAAAUGACUCUUCGAUUGUUAUGUCUUAAACUCCUAAUAGUCUGGGAGUUGUUCAGACCUUACUAUUUCUGUGCGUAAUAACCAAAUUUUCAGCUUGAAAAUCUGCAGAGUGAUUCUCUUGACUUGGACAAUCUUCUGAAUUAUAUUAAAAAUAUUUGUUAGUUCUUAGAUCUUUAGAGUCACUUUGGGUAGGUCAAAAAAGUAACACUUGGGAAAAAAAAAAAAAGAGAAAGCCCCAAAACUUUGGCUUAGUACAUUUCCGUUAUGAAACGAAGCAUGGUUUUUGUGGAAUUCUGUGCUGUUUUGGGCUUUUGUGUAAAAGGCUGAAGGCAGAUUAUUAUUUAAACCAGGUGCAAAUAAAUAUCCCUGUAAUGUAUAUGAACAAAUUUAAACCAUGUAUUGUAAGUAUAUAAACUGUAUAUUAAAGACACUAUUUUCAUGA